GAAUUUUGUUUUCCACUUUCAUAUCUCAAAGUGAAGGCAUCAUAUUUGAGUUACAGGUUAAUAAGUCUGCUAAAAAUGGGAAGUCAUGGAACCUUCGACAACAACCAAGAAGUCGAACUGUCUGUUACAAUGAUAGGAGAGCCGACACUUGUUCAACCCUCAGAGGAAACCGAAAGGGGUCUUUAUUUCCUCUCUAAUUUGGACCAAAAUAUCGCAGUCAUAGUGCGUACAAUUUAUUGCUUCAAGUCCGAGGAAAAAGGAAAUGAAAUGGCGGCUGAGGUGAUUAAGGAUGCUUUGUCUAAGGUUCUUGUCCAUUAUUAUCCGGCGGCUGGAAGGUUGACUUUUAGCUCUGAGGGAAAGCUCAUCGUGAAUUGCACUAAUGAAGGUGCUGUGUUUGUUGAAGCUGAAGCUAACUGUGAUAUCAAAGAACUUGGUGAUCAUACAAAGCCAGAUCCAGUUACACUUGGUAAAUUAGUUUACGAUACACCGGGUGCUAAAAAUAUUCUUGAUAUUCCUCCUGUUGUUGUUCAGGUGACAAAAUUCAAAUGUGGAGGAUUUGUGCUAGGGUUGGGUAUGAACCAUAAUUUGUUUGAUGGAAUUGCGGCCAUGGAAUUCGUCAGCUCAUGGAGUCGAACUGCAAGAGGUUUACCGCUAAAAGUCAAGCCAUUCCUCGAUCGGACAAUUUUGAAUGCCAGAAAUCCUCCGGUGGUCGAGUUUUCUCACAAUGAAUUCGAAGAGAUUGAAGACAUAUCCAACACCGCCGAUCUCUACAAAGAAGAGAUUUCCUACCGCUCAUUCUGUUUCUCACCGGAGGACCUCAAAAACCUCAAAAUCAAAGCCACCGCAGACGGCGGCGUACAGAGCUGCACCACUUUUGAAGCUCUAUCGGCUUUCGUCUGGAAAGCUAGAACCGAAUCACUGAAAAUGAAGCCGGAUCAGAAAACGAAACUCCUCUUCGCCGUAGACGGACGCUCCAGAUUCGAACCGAAUUUGCCGGAAGGAUACUGCGGCAACGGCAUCGUUCUAACUAACUCUAUAUGCACGGCGGGAGAACAAGUCGGAAAUCCGCUGUCUUUCACCGUGAAAUUAGUUCACGACUCCGUGAAAAUGGUUACAGACGAUUACAUGAGAUCGGCGAUUGAUUAUUUCGAGGUUACACGAGCGCGGCCGUCGCUGUCGUCGACGCUGUUGAUUACGACAUGGUCAAAGUUAUCAUUCCACGCCAACGAUUUUGGGUGGGGGGAGCCGCUGAUGUCAGGUCCGGUGGCAUUGCCGGAGAAAGAAGUAAUUCUGUUCUUAUCUCAUGGAGAAGAGAGGAAAAGUGUGAAUGUGUUGCUUGGAUUGCCGGUUUCUGCCAUGAACACAUUUGAAGAACUCGUGAAACACAUCUAGAUCAUCUACCAAUUCAUCAAGGUUCUUCAUGGAAUUUCAAUCUGUUCCCAUGGCUAUAUAUAUAUAUGCUACUUUUUCAUCAUUUUUAUUUUGUUUUUUGUUUUUUUUUAAAGAAUUCAUAUGAAUAUCAUCAUAUACUGGAAUUUAAAUUUACUUUGAUCCAAUCCGACUGAAUUUGUAUUAAUGUUGAAAGCCAGAUUUAUAAAUUAUCUUGUGUUUUUUUUAUUUUUAUUUUUUUAUAAAAUGUCAA